UACCUGCUAUUUUACAAUCUGUCAAAGGGACAUUUGUUCUCAGAAAAGACAGAAAGAUGUUUUGUACUUCGGGCUCUGUUUGCCUCCAGGAUUCGCGCCGGUCUAAUCAUGUGACGUUAAAGGCAGCAGCAAGAGUCUGCGGUCAUCUUUAGUUUUCUUAAUAAAAGCGACAUAAACGCCUUUAAAAUCACCAAAACCAAUCUGUUUGAAUAGACGAAUACCCAAAAUAAAUGCCCGUACCUAUUUGUUUUCCCUUCACCUUAGACAGCUGUGUAACAAUCUGAGCACAUGCUAGCUCGAUUGAACCAACAUUCUCCCCUGCUGAAGCUGGGGCGCAGCAGCAGCGUAGGAGCCACUGAUCCGACGAUCAUUUCCGACAACCCCGUAUGGAUUUAACAGUGCAUGCGUUGCCGCUUGAUGUUUCACAAGUGGAUGAUCACAAAUUAUGUUGAGGAUGGGGGAACAUUGUGACCGUACAAACGUCUUGAAAUGUGGUGUCCCUUUGGAGGCCUCAGUUCUCUGAUUUGGAUUAUUCCUAGCCAGCAGCUUCUUCAGGCCUACUAACCAUAGGUGUGUUUCUCCAUGGACACUCUGCUGAAGUCAGAGCUCAGACAGGAAGGGAGUACCGCUUCUGUGAAGGUGGAGGGUCUGUCCACGUCUGCUCUGAUUAAAAGCUUGUCUACCAGAGUCAUGCUGUCCAACCAUCUUUUACCAAAAGGGACCAAGAUGAGGGUCAACCUGGAAGAUCAGGGUCGCCAGAAAGUGUCCUUCAGCUUCUCGCAGACAAAAAAGCCGCUGCAGAGUUCAUUCUUCAUAUCUGCAAGUCCUGAUACGACUGUGGCUGAACCUCACAAUGCCUCAUCACAGUCCAUCUUGGACAAAGUGGGAAAGAACACAGAAAACCAAACGGAGCAGAAGCAAACUGUCUUGGUGCCGGCUUCUACACCAGAGACACGUUCUCAAACAUCAGUGUCCUCCUCAACUAGACUAAAAAAAAAUUUAGGAAAGAUGCAUUUUAAGAAGCAAAUUCUCAGUGUUUCUGUUACUGAAGAGAAACCAAAGCCUGAUUCAUCUGAAGAGCUGCUCACCUCUGAAUCUGAGGUUCUUCAGAUCUCCAGUAGUGACACUGAACUUCCAGCUCCCCCGUCUGAGAACAUUAUUAUUGACAGCCCCUCUAAAAAUGCAACCACUGAAGCCUCUGAGACAAAAGAAGAUCCCAACCUCAAGAAGCCAGCUUCUUCCUCCGGAAAAGAUGGUGAUAGUUCCAGCUGUACUGAUCAGGAUUUCAACGUGUACAAAAGGAAAACCAGGUCACAGUCAGACAGUGCUACUCCUUGCUCUGAACCAGACGGAGACGUAACCAACGUGUCUUCCAUCCACAAAUCAAAUGAUUCAAAAAGCAAAACAAACUCUGACAGCAGGAGCAAAGAGGCAAAAAGGUCUUCCUCUAAUUCACAUGCUGGGGAAAAAGAGAAAAAUUCCUCCAAGCGCACAGAGACUCAAGAAACGUCUUCUAGUUACAACAAAUCUGAUCGCGAUUCUAGAAUCACUUCCUCUCGCUCAUCUCGUUCGGACAAAGAUCGCAGGAGGUCCAGGUCAAGGUCGCGUUCUAGAUCGAGAGGUUCCCGGACAAGUUCGUCUCUCUCCAGAUCUGAGAGGUCCAGGUGUGACAGAGUAUCUCGCUCGGAAAGAUUGUACUAUCAUGAAUCUGAUCGGCGAUCCCACAGGAGUUCUCCACGCAGGGAGAAAAGGCGUUCUCGCUCUCGGACGGAAAGAACUCGGUACAGUUCUGACUCUGAAGACGACCACAGGAAAACAAGGACCAGGACAGGUGGCUCCAGCAGGUCGUCUAACUACUCGCAUAAAGUAUCGCAAUCAUCUUCCUACUCGAGAUCCGAAAAAUCGUCGAAAUCUUUGGCCUCUCCACACAGUUCAGAGAUUGAUAAAAGGACACAGUCAUCAAAGUCUGAAAGGACUUCAAAGCGUUCCUCAGACUCUGACUCUCAACAUAGGUGCUCGCCUGAUUUGGAUUCUAGUAACCGCAAAUCUAGCAGUCAUCACAAAUCUGAAACCAGUACAAAGUUCUCUUCUUCCAGUACAUAUAGCAAGUCCCAAUUACGUGACAAGCACAGAAAAAACAGCUCUUGUGAUUCUGAGGGAGAAUAUAAGGCAAAAAGCCAGCCCUAUGACAAAAAUUCAAGUUCCCUGGAGAAAAGUAAAGACUUUCAAGAGAAAACCAGUAGAUCAGAUUCAAAACAAGUAACUCCCUCUAGAUCCUCGGUGAAGUCCCCAAGACAUCACAGACAGUCUGAUGACAUGUUUCACAGUCCUGCCAAAGCACCAUCAUGUGCAACCACAACAGAAUUUAGUCCUCUGACGGAAAGGGAAAAAUCCGAUUCAGAGCCAGGUGAGGAUGCACGGGAAGGUGUUAAGGAGAUGGUCUUAUCUACCGAAGAAAGUUUGCCAGAAUCUUUAGGCAAGACAGAGCAAGAAACAAAAGCAGUACUUGAAUUAGAAAUGCAAAAUGCCUCAGCUACAACCCCGAUUGAAGACCUAAUGCCUGUAGGCAUCACUCUGGAAAACGUAUGCAAUGUGAAGGCUAGUGAGCCAGAUGUGAACUUAAAUGCAACUGUUGUAAAUUCAGGUAAAAGUGAAGAUAGUUCACUCUGUGAAAAAGAUGAAAGAGUGCUAAAACCCUCUCUUGAUGCUACAGAAACAAACAUCACACAUGAAAUCCAGCUAAACACUAAUACAGAGAUUGUUGAAUCAAAUGAAGUUCUGGCAGCUGAGAAGCAAUCUGACCCACACAAAUCGGAUUUGUCCUGUCUAGAAGCUGAAAGUCAGCUUUUGGUAGGACAGCAAAGUAAAGAUGGCACCAAAAAGAGUGCCUGCACUACCAGAAAGUCUCGGUGGGACAUUGUUGGGCAAGACCUGUGUGAAAGCGGUAAUUCAAACAGGGCCAUUUGUGCAGAUAGUAAUCUUAGUCCCAAAAAAGUAAUAUCCUUCAAAAAAAUUGAGUUUUCUAAAGACUGUGCCCAACAGGACUUGGACAGUAAAGGUAAUAUUCAGUCCAGAGAUGCUAAACAUUCCAGCUUAGAGCUGGAUGCCUCUUUAGUGACCUUCAAGUGUGAAGACCAAAGUAAGCCUUCACAAGCAAGCACCAGCAUUGACCGCUGUGACUUAAAUCGUGCUACUUCUCAAAAACCAAACACAGAUGACCCUCCACCCGUUAACAAUCAAAUAUCCCAGGUCCACUCAGCUGCAUUAGGACACAUCCAGAGCAGUGAUGCCUGUGACAGUAAAUCGAAGGAGAGCACUCACAGUAGCAAAUCAGAUACAAGAACACUCAUCAAUCAGGAUGUGUUGGCGACUCCCAGUGAUGCCAGUGAUAGCGACAACUCUGCGUAUGACUCGGAUUGCGACAAGGCUAUAAAACAGUUUCACUCUGUAGUAGUAGUACCCAAGCAUUCCUCCCUGACAAAAGACGUUGAGGAUGGGCACGCCUCUUUGUGUACUCCUUUACAUUUAUCAGAACUGCACAACGCCCAGAUGGGAACAGCAAACCAAGCUACCGCACAACAAACACAGCCCACGACAACUAGUUUAGUCGAGUUUCCUCAUAUCAGUGUGCUUUGUCAGUCCCAGAGCAACAUGAUUGAUAGCACCAGUCACUCAGAAGGUUCCAGCACCGUCAGUGGUCAGCUCUUUGUAGCUGAUCACAACGGUCCCCAAGGAGGUGCCACAGAUUCAACCCCUUUGCUCGAUAAUUCCAGACAAUGUGAGCAAAGUCUGAAGCAACAUGAGAUAAGCAGUCAAGGCGAGCAGGUGCACUUGCAGUACCAGCCUAAUACCUUCUCUGACAAUUUGAACAAGAUGAGUUUCAGUCUGGCCUGGGAUUUUUCUCAACCAGAACAGCCAACUAGUACAUGCCAGCAGCCCGAUAGCAGCCAUGGGGCACAGUUAAACACUAAAGCAACAGCAGAUGAUUCCAAGGAGCCAGAGCAGAGACUAAGUAUUCACUCCGGUACACACCAGUCACCAAACAUGCAAACUAUCAAAAGACUCUACCUCCAUACACAUGAACAUUAUCAGGAACCUUCAGGUGAAAUCCACCCAGACUCGCUCACUAAUGACCAUGACGACUACAGUGUAGAAAAGUCAUCGGGUCACAGUAAAGCACUAAACACUCCAGGGUCAGCGAGCUCAGUGCAAGGUCAUGAAAUCAGCAGCAACAGCAGGGGCUCUGCUGUGUUCGACCCACCUAGAGAGGACAAUCUGAGGCCCCACAGAGGCAGAGGACCACCCAAGAAAAGGCGUCCGGAAAUCGAGUCGGAUUCGGACAAUGAGGCAGAAGCUGGACCGUCGGGAAAGAGGGAGCGUCAAGGAGAUGUUGCCGUCUCUAAGGAAGCUCCCGUAAAAGCUGAGGCGGACAGACCAUCGCUCACUCUACGCAACUUUCAAGAUGCAAGCAGAUGGAAAGACUUGGCCAAGACUAAAAAGAUGCCCCCUUACUUUGACUUAAUUGAGGAGAACAUGUACCUAACUGAGAGAAAGAAAAGCAAGUCUCAUCGAGAUAUCAAGAGGAUGCAAUGCGAGUGCCCAGUGCUGUCACGAGAGGACCGUGCAAAAGGGGUGAUGGCAUGUGGGGAAGACUGUUUAAACCGGCUGCUGAUGAUUGAGUGCUCCUCGCGGUGUUUGAAUGGAGCCUAUUGCUCUAACCGUCGCUUUCAGAUGAAGCAGCAUGCAGACUUUGAGGUCAUCCUCACAGAAGACAAAGGCUGGGGCCUGCGUGCAGCUAGAGACUUGGUUCCAAACACGUUUGUCCUGGAGUACUGUGGCGAGGUGUUGGACCACAAAGAGUUCAAAACAAGAGUGAAAGAAUAUGCUCGCAGCAAGAACAUCCACUACUAUUUCAUGGCACUAAAGAAUAAUGAGAUCAUUGAUGCAACAUUGAAGGGUAAUUGCUCACGGUUCAUGAACCACAGCUGUGAGCCAAACUGUGAGACCCAAAAGUGGACUGUUAAUGGCCAGCUUCGAGUCGGGUUCUUCACCACUAAGGCUGUCACUACAGGAACCGAACUAACAUUUGAUUAUCAGUUUCAGAGAUAUGGGAAAGAAGCACAGAAAUGCUUCUGUGGGGCACCCAGCUGCAGAGGCUUCCUCGGUGGGGAGAACAGAGUUAGUGUUCGAGCAGCUGGGGGGAAGAUGAAGAAAGACCGCAGCCGAAAGAGUGCUCUCACCACGGUGGAUGAGGAGCUGGAGGCCUUGCUGGAGAAUGGAGAAGGCCUGUAUGAUGAGAAACAGGUGGUGUCUCUGUGCAGAUUAAUGGUCCGAGUGGAAACCAUGGAGCAGAAACUCCUCUGCCUCAAGCUCAUACAGGACACCCAGAAUCCAUCGUGCCUGAAGCAGUUCUUGGAUCAUCACGGGUUGUCCUUGUUGUGGAUCUUUAUGGUGGAGCUCUCUGAAGCUAAAGGCAACAGUGCUAAUAACACCAAACUGCAGGUAGAGAUCAUGAAGACCUUGGCUGUGCUCCCCAUCUCGACAAAGAACAUGCUUGAAGAGAGCAAAGUCCUGACCCUCAUCCAGCGGUGGGCCCAGAUAAAAACCCUCCCUCAGCAGGCUGAGAUGGAUGGAUACUCCAGUGAGAACACCUCCCGGGCCCAAACUCCUCUCAAUACUCCCGACGGCUCCUCCUCAAAACUGGUUCCAGAACUGGACGGCGACACUUCCAAACCUGCUGUUUACAGACGCCUUAAAAUCAUCAGUGAAAACAGUCUGGACAGCGCUCUUUCUGACGCUAGCAAAGCAUCCGACGGGAAGGAGGAUGAAGAGGAGGAGGAGGAAGCUGAAAACGUAAACCCAGAUCCUCCCGAUGGAGCAAGCUUGAAGGAUGAACACUUGAGCGAAGCUGCAGAUCCAACAAAGGAGUCCGUGGAGGAGUUGGGGAAAGAAGUGUCAAAACAGGACAAGCUAGAAACGAGUUCAGGCAGUCUACAACAACCUCAAGAUGUGGACAUGAACAAUGAAGCAGAGUUUGAUUUGAAAAUUGAGGAGACAAAAGAGGGUCAGACAGAUGAAAUCCAGACUUCAAAAGUUCCAUGUGAAGCACAGGUGAGUGAAGAAAAGUCAGACAGCCAAAACAUGCCAGAAAUGCCUGAAUCAGAAGGAAAUCUAUCCUCAAUUAAAGCGGACGAGUCAGAGAGUCAGCCCAACCAAACAGUUUCUGUAGAUGUCCCAACUGAGCAGCCAUCAGAGGCAAAGGAGAUGGACAAAGAAACGCAGGAGGUUGAGAAACCUCCAAGCACUGAGCCCCACCCUGAUGAAUCUGCCACAGAAGCUCCACCAAACUCUGAGACCCCAGAGGCACCUGUCCCCUCAGAGGUGACGACAAUGCAGGUGGAACCGUCAGUGAUAGGAACUCCCUCUCAGGAUGAAGAGGAUGGAGUGUCAGAUGUGGAGAGCGAGAGGAGUCAGGAGCCCCAGCUCAGUGUUCUGGACAUAAGUGGCAUGGCUGCCAGGCUUCUGGAAAGUUGGAAGGAUCUGAAGGAGGUGUACAGGAUACCAAAGAAGAGUCAGGUGGAAAAGGAAGCAAGAGAUCGCAGCCGUGAUCGCGACUUGGCUUUGACCCCGCGCACCACCUCUGGCAGCCGGGAACGUGAACGAGAGCGAGAGAAGGAAAGGGAGCGUGACAGGGAGCGAGAUUACGACAGAGACAGGGAUCGAGAUCGAGAUCGAGAUCGGGAUCGGGAUCGAGAUCGGGACAGGGACCGAGAGCGGAGCCGAGACCGAGAUCGACCCUCAGACAAAACCCCUCGCAGCUCUGAGCGACGGAGAAGACGCUCACAGUCUCCCCCUCCCUUACUCUAUGAGAGGAGCAGCCGGCGUAAUGAAGAGCGGUUUGACUCCUCGAGCAGCAAGACACAAAGAGGAGUUGGCGGAAAGGAGCGCAACAAACUAUCUACAGAGGAGCGCAGAAAACUCUUUGAACAGGAAGUUGCUCAGCAGGAAGCUCAGAAGCAACAACAGCUUCAACAACAACAGCAGCAGCAGCUCCAAACUAUGACUUAUGAUCCUCUGGUCUAUGGCUCCAGCCCCGGCUUCAUCACCUAUCCCCCAGGAUACCCUAUGCAGACUUUUGUGGAUCCCACCAACCCCAAUGCUGGCAAAGUCCUCCUUCCCACCCCUGCAGUUGAGCCUGGCCUCACCUAUGAACAGACUCCUCCUCAGCGCCUUGCCUCAGACCUCAGCCUACCCUCGCCAUCCUCCACCUCCCAGGCACCUCCAAUUUCUAAUGUCUCCCAGCACAUCACCACCACCAACCUUACCACAGUUAACCCCCAGCAGUACACGCAGCCAACUGUUGCAACCCAGGAGGCAGGAGUAGCUGUGCUCUCUGUCCCGGCCCCAACGGCCCCUCAGGUACAAGGUCAGCAGAGCUACACCACUCUCUGGGAUCCCACCACCCAGCAGGCGGUGACGGUGCAGACGCAGCCAGCACAGCAGUACGCCACAGCUCCAGGACAGGCUCAGACACAGACGGCCAUUUACUACCAAGGCCAGCCAUGCCAGGCUAUCUACAGCAUCCCCACUGCCUACCCUCAGGCCAACCCUCCCGUUAUACAGGCUUACAGUGAACCCACAGCCAGCUACCUGCACGGCCAGCCGGUGUAUCCUGGUCAUCAGCAGGGAGUGGUGGUGCAGCAAGGGGGCACGGUCACCACCAUUGUCACAUCCCAAACUGUCCAGCAGGAGAUGAUUGUACCCAACAAUGUGAUAGACCUGCCUCCUCCUUCUCCCCCUAAACCCAAAACCAUCGUCCUACCUCCUAACUGGAAAGUGGCCCGAGACCCUGAAGGAAAGAUCUACUACUACCAUAUUGUCACAAGGCAGACGCAGUGGGAUCCACCCACCUGGGAAGGCAGCGGCGACAACACGAGUGUGGACCAUGAAUCUGAGAUGGACCUGGGAACACCAACCUACGAUGAGAAUCCUUCUAAGUUCUCCACAAAGACGGCCGAAGCAGACACUUCUAGUGAAUUGGCUAAAAAAAGUAAAGAGACAUUUCGCAAAGAGAUGUCCCAGUUCAUUGUGCAAUGCCUGAAUCCUUACCGGAAGCCGGACUGCAAAUCUGGACGCAUCAGCAACACGGAGGAUUUUAAACACCUGGCUAGAAAGCUAACUCACGGAGUCAUGAAUAAGGAGUUGAAAGCCUGCAACAACCCUGAGGACCUCGAGUGCAAUGAGAAUGUGAAGCACAAGACUAAGGAGUACAUCAAAAAGUACAUGCAGAGGUUCGGCUCCGUGUACAGGCCCAAGGAGGACACGGAGGUGUACUGACCGGAUCGAGCCACAGAUGUUCCGGUUGCCACUGCGCUCACACUGGAGAAGCACAGUUUUGCCUUCCCGUUCACUCCUUCAUGUACGUUCUGGACAGUGAAGUAGUUUUUUUUCAUUUUGUAUUUAUGUCAAAGAAUUUGCACUGCUGCCCAGGAACCUCUCCAGGCUUUGUGAAACGCACAGAAGGCCUAAUGAUUCAAGACUUUCAGGUGGCUCGCGUGAUGACACAGAGGGGUGCUACGAAGACAAAUAUGUUCACUGACUGCCUCACUUUUAGCUUUUUUUUUUGGCUCUUAAAUGUUCCUGAGAUAAUCACCUCUUUUUCAGUUUUUAAACUCUUACAGCCCUUAAUGAGGAUUAUUUAAUUAAAAAAAGAGUCAGUGGAACUUUGUAUGGUUUGAAAAUGGAUAGUCCUGACCCCCUCUCUUCUCAACCCAGUUCCACUGACUAAAUAUCUGGUGCUGCUUUUAACUGGGCUGCUGAGGUUCAAGCUCUCACUGUCUAAACCAUGAAAAUCCCCUCUUACUUCACCAUAAAAGCCUGCAGCCUCCUUUGUUUUAAGAAUGCAUGUAUAAGCCAAGGUCCGAGUGGUAUCCUGAUGGAAAUUCCUAGCAAUGUGCCCUCACUGGGAUGAACUUGUACUUACAGUCCACUGAGGGAUCAGCCAAGGACAAGCAGGUUGGAGAAGGGGUUGGGGAUCAGUAUUUACUUGAUUUUUUUAUUAAUUUAAAACCAUAGCAGGGUUGAAAGUCAUUGAUUGGUGUGCUAUUUAAACCGAGGGACAGUUUUUAAUCCCCAUCUUUAUUCAACCCCUUUCCCACAACCUGCUUUGCUCCGUCUUCUCACAGGAAUACUAAAAAAUGAAGUUUGUAGCAUUGCAGUUUUAACAGUUGCUAAAACGUUGUGUGCUUUGGGUAUUUUUACUAGCUAGUUCUUAUAUUUAAGACCCUUGGUGUGGUCUACUUUGCUCCAUGGACUCAUUAAUUUUCCAUAUUUUUACUGUUGACGGUAAAGGUUUGUUCUCUAGCAUUAGAUCACGACUUUCUCACAGCCCAUUAAAUUGCAUUAAACAAAGUUCCAACAUAUGUAAAUUGCUUUAUAUGUGAAUAUAUUGAAUAAUAGUUUUGGGAAUGUUUAAAUGAGCAAACAUUUGUAAAAGGACUAUCAUUUCUUGAAUAAAGUGUAAAUAAUACAUAAAACAAAAUUACCAAAGCUGUUUGUAGGACUGAAGGGCCCACGAGCACAGGGAGCCCACCCAUCCUCGCCAGCUGAGUCCUCCUGAUGCAGUUCCCACUUCAGCCUGUCUAACUCAGUUUUCGUUAUUUUUUCACUGGACAGGGAGGUAAACAUGUUUUUUUUUCUGUUAUUGUUGGUGGUGUUUUUUAUUAUUAUUUUUCUAUGUAAAAAGUACCACCCUUCUCUACUGUAAGUAUUGUGUAAGCACAUUGUCAUACCGAGUGUACAAACAUUUUAAAAGAUAAUAAACUUUUUUUUUUGUAAAA